UAUUAUUGAACCCAAAGGUCCUUGGUGUACCUUCGGCAUAAUUGCAAUUGCGUGAAUGAAUUGUACUCAAAUUACGUAAACAUAUUGUCCGUUGAGUCGUUGACCUCUGUAUUUACCCUUAGAAUUUACCCAAGUUACACUUACAUUACUUACAUAGUUACAAAGUUACAUCUAGUUAGUUCACUACUCAGAGAGCACCGUAGAAUUUGCAUAAAAAAUGGGUGAUUCCCAAUCUCACUCUCAACAAAAACCCCUUCUCGUAAUCCAUAGUUUACCUUCAUACAAUUCCUUCUUCUACGACCGUCUCUCCCCCACAUUCACUCUCAUCGAUCCCAUCACUUCCACUGACGCCUCUUCCGCGCGCGCUCUCCUCUGCGUGGGGCUCUCUCCACUAGGGAAGAAAAUAUUGGAUUGUCUGCCUUCUUUAGAGUGCGUGCUCAUUUCCUGCGUUGGAGUUGAUCAUGUUGAUAUCUCAGAGUGUCGUCGUCGAGGCAUAUCAGUCGCGAAUGUUGGCGACGCUUUCUCUGAUGAUGUUGCUGAUUGUGCUGUUGGAUUGAUGCUUGAUGUGCUCCGUCGUAUAUCGCUCGCUGAUCGCUUUGUUCGGGCCGGGUCUUGGCCUCAACUACCUCAGUUUCCUCUUGGAUUUAGAUUGCGUGGAAAGCGAGUAGGCAUAGUUGGCCUUGGAAGCAUUGGUUCUCGGGUUGCAACGAGACUUAUUUCGUUUGGUUGCAACAUUGCAUACAACUCUAGGCAAAAGAAACCCUCGGUUUCUCUCCCAUACUAUGCCAAUGUCUCCGAAUUGGCACGUGGAAGCGAUAUCCUGAUCAUUUGCUGCUCAUUAACCGACCAAACGCACCACAUGAUCAACAAGGACGUCUUGGCUGCGUUAGGGAAGGAAGGCGUUGUCAUUAACAUUGGACGAGGUGCUCUAAUCAAAGAGACUGAGUUGGUGCAGUUUUUGGUGGAAGGUAAAAUUGGUGGAGCUGGUCUUGAUGUGUUUGAAGACGAGCCUAAUGUUCCUAAAGAACUGUUUGGUUUAGAGAAUGUGGUUCUGUCUUCUCACCGAGCUGUCUUGACUCCGGAAUCCUUUAAUGCUGCAGAAGAUAUUAUGGUAGCAAAUCUGGAAGCUUUCUUUUCAAACAAGCCCCUACUUACUCCUAUAAGUUUGGAGUAGUGUUAUCAUUUAAUCAUUGUAUCAAAUUCUAUUGGUACAGAGAUCAAAUGUUGCUUAUUGGUACAGGUAUAAAUAAGCAUCUCCUUGCUUGAACAUUGA